AUGGGAGCUGGGGGAUCCAAACCCGUGGAGAAGAGCGCAAGCUCAAAACUUGUCUUUCGAAGUGAAACUCCAGUCCAAUUCUCCCAGAAUCUCGUUGAAUCGUUACAAUGUAGCUCGGAGACCGACUCGUCCCGCGCGCAAACCAUAGAACUCCAUAUCCAAACCCGCGUUGCGGAAGAGCUCCAGCGCAUCCAAGCUCGUGAAAGCCAGACACUUGCCGACCUGGAACAACGACUAGCUGACGCGACCUCAUCAUCGGAAACUACUGAUCAUUCGUUGUUGUCCCUUGAUGCACCGCGAGUCCCACUCUCCAGUUUAGAGACUACUUCCCAGCUAGCAGACCAGAAUAUCCCUAAGCGCGAUAUAAACAGCCAGCAGGUAGCACAGAAGAUUGAAGAAUUGCGCCAAAAACUGGCCGAGAGACGAAAAAUUAAGGAGGUCGAUGCCGGCGUUGAGAAGGCUAGGGAAGGUGUUGUUAGUUGUUUAAGAGCGAAUCAGAAACGGCCACUGGAUUGCUGGGAAGAGGUAAAUACUUUUAAAAUGGAGGUUGCGAGGCUGGAGAGAGAUUGGGUCAAGAAAGUCAUUAAUUGA